CCACGCAUGCGCGGCCGGCGCGGCCUUAAGGGCGGCGGCGGCUCUGGGCAGCCCAGUCGGCCUGGCAGCCGGCUUCCAAACUCGGCCCCGGCGCCUGCGCGGCUGCGGCAGUGGUGGCUAUGGCGGCGGAGGAGGAGGUGGACUCGGCAGACACCGGCGAGAGGACAGGAUGGCUAACUGGCUGGCUGCCCACCUGGUGCCCUACAUCUACAGCACAUCUUAAGGAAGCUGAAGAGAAAAUGCUAAAAUGUGUCCCCUGCACGUACAAGAAGGAGCCUGUUCGCAUAUCUAAUGGAAACAAAAUAUGGACACUGAAGUUCUCGCAUAGUAUUUCAAAUAAAACUCCGCUUGUCCUCCUCCAUGGUUUUGGAGGAGGUCUGGGACUCUGGGUGUUGAAUUUUGGAGAUCUUUGCACCGAUAGGCCUGUCUAUGCUUUUGACCUGCUGGGCUUUGGACGAAGCAGUAGACCCAGGUUUGACAGCGAUGCAGAAGAAGUGGAAAAUCAGUUUGUGGAGUCCAUUGAAGAGUGGAGAUGUGCCCUAGGGUUGGACAAAAUGAUCUUACUUGGUCACAACCUGGGUGGCUUCUUGGCUGCUGCUUACUGUCUGAAGUACCCGUCGAGGGUGAGUCAUCUAAUUUUAGUGGAGCCUUGGGGUUUUCCUGAGCGACCAGACCUUGCUGAUCAAGACCGACCCAUUCCUGUGUGGAUCAGAGCCCUGGGAGCAGCACUGACUCCUUUUAACCCUUUAGCUGGCCUCAGGAUUGCGGGGCCCUUCGGUUUAAGUCUGGUGCAGCGUUUAAGACCAGAUUUCAAACGGAAGUAUUCAUCGAUGUUUGAAGAUGACACUGUGACGGAGUACAUCUACCACUGCAACGUGCAGACUCCAAGUGGGGAGACAGCUUUCAAGAACAUGACAAUUCCUUACGGGUGGGCCAAAAGGCCCAUGCUGCAGCGCAUCGGGAAGAUGCACCCAGACAUUCCUGUCACAGUCAUCUUCGGCGCCCGCUCCUGCAUUGACGGCAACUCUGGCACCAGCAUCCAGUCCCUGCGACCGCACUCCUACGUGAAGACCAUCGCUAUUCUUGGAGCCGGGCAUUACGUGUAUGCAGAUCAACCUGAAGAAUUCAAUCAGAAAGUCAAGGAGAUCUGUGACAGUGUGGACUGAGCGCCGGGAGGUUCUGGUGGAGCUGCUGGCUGGCAGGACUCCUCAGCGGCGAUUCCCCGUCUACUUCGAGGAGAGCAAGUGUAAGAACGAGUCGUCUUCCCGACUGUCCUGGGCACAUGUUUUCUUUAGGAAGUCACUUGCACACUCAAACCAAUUAGUGCCUUCUAAAGGAACAACUUUCUCCUAUACAAAAUUGAAAUGCACAAGAGUCUCCAAACUUAAUAGCUUUAAAUAAAGGGUUAUUUGUCCCUCUGAUGUACUGAAAAAUUGUUAAUUUUUCAAUGAAAAGCUUUUUUUUUUCAUUUUUAUCUAACUUUGCUAGCUGAUUACUUUUAAUAUUGCAGUC